GUCCGCUGGCGGGUGGCGACGCCAGGGGUGACCUUCAAGCUCCGGACACGGGGAGCGCGAGCGCCCUGACGGGCCGGGGCGGCGGGCCGGGGGGUGGGAGCGACGGGCGACCAGCGUGCGGGAAGGCCUGUCCAGGUGCAUAAUGGCAGAAACUGUAUCUCCACUGAAGCACUUUGUGCUGGCAAAGAAGGCCAUCACUGCGAUCUUCGGUCAGUUACUGGAGUUUGUUACUGAGGGUUCACAUUUUGUUGAAGCAACAUACAGGAAUCCAGAACUUGAUCGAAUAGCAACUGAGGAUGAUCUGGUGGAAAUACAGGGCUACAGAAACAAGCUUGCUGUCAUUGGGGAGGUGCUGUCUCGGAGACAUAUGAAAGUGGCAUUUUUUGGCAGGACAAGUAGUGGCAAGAGCUCUGUCAUCAAUGCAAUGCUGUGGGAUAAAGUUCUCCCUAGCGGGAUUGGUCACACAACCAACUGCUUCCUGAGUGUCGAGGGAACUGAUGGAGAUAAAGCCUAUCUUAUGACGGAAGGGUCAGAUGAAAAGAAAAGUGUGAAGACAGUUAAUCAGCUGGCCCAUGCCCUCCAUAUGGACAAAGACUUGAAAGCUGGCUGUCUCGUGCAUGUAUUUUGGCCCAAAGCAAAAUGUGCCCUCUUGAGAGAUGACCUGGUUUUAGUAGACAGCCCAGGUACAGAUGUCACCACAGAGCUGGACAUCUGGAUUGAUAAAUUCUGCCUCGAUGCUGACGUCUUUGUUUUGGUUGCAAACUCAGAAUCAACACUGAUGAACACGGAGAAACAUUUUUUCCAUAAGGUGAAUGAACGGCUAUCCAAGCCAAACAUUUUUAUUCUGAAUAAUCGAUGGGAUGCUUCUGCCUCAGAGCCAGAGUAUAUGGAGGAUGUGCGCAGACAGCACAUGGAAAGAUGCCUUCACUUUUUAGUAGAAGAGCUCAAAGUUGUGAGUCCUGUGGAAGCUCGAAAUCGGAUCUUUUUUGUUUCAGCCAAGGAAGUUCUCAACUCCAGAAAGCAUAAAGCCCAGGGGAUGCCAGAGGGUGGUGGGGCACUUGCAGAAGGAUUUCAGGCAAGAUUACAGGAGUUUCAGAAUUUUGAACAAACUUUUGAGGAGUGUAUCUCGCAGUCAGCAGUGAAAACAAAGUUUGAACAGCACACUAUCAGAGCUAAACAGAUACUAGACACUGUGAAAAACAUACUGGACUCAGUAAACGUGGCAGCAGCAGAGAAGAGGGUUUAUUCAAUGGAAGAGAGGGAAGACCAAAUCGACAGACUGGACUUUAUCCGAAACCAGAUGAACCUUUUAACACUGGAUGUUAAGAAGAAAAUCAAGGAGGUCACCGAGGAAGUGGCAAACAAGGUUUCUUGUGCAAUGACAGAUGAAAUUUGUCGACUGUCUGUUUUGGUUGAUGAGUUUUGUUCUGAGUUUCAUCCUACCCCCAGUGUACUGAAAGUGUAUAAGAGUGAAUUAAAUAAACACAUAGAAGAUGGUAUGGGAAGAAAUUUGGCUGAUAGGUGUACCAAUGAAGUCAAUGCCUCCAUGCUUCAGUCUCAACAAGAAAUUAUCGAAAACCUGAAGCCAUUACUUCCAGCUGGCAUACAGAAUAAACUUCAUACACUAAUCCCAUGCAAAAAGUUUGAUCUCAGCUAUGAUCUCAAUUGCCACAAACUAUGUUCAGAUUUUCAAGAGGACAUUGUGUUUAGAUUUUCCCUGGGCUGGUCUUCCCUUGUGCAUCGAUUCCUGGGUUCCACGAAUGCGCAAAGGGUGCUGCUUGGGCUGUCAGAGCCUGUCUUUCAGCUCCCCAGGUCUUUAGCGUCGACUCCUACUGCUCCUCCUAACCCAGCUUCGCCGGAUAAUGCAGCACAGGAAGAGUUAAUGGUCACCUUGAUCACAGGCUUGGCGUCACUCACAUCCAGAACCUCCAUGGGCAUCAUAGUUGUUGGGGGAGUGAUUUGGAAAACAGUGGGCUGGAAACUCAUCUCUGUUUCCUUAAGUAUGUACGGAGCUUUGUACCUUUAUGAGAGGCUGACCUGGACCACCCGUGCGAAGGAGAGAGCAUUUAAGCAGCAGUUUGUAAACUAUGCAACUGAAAAACUGCAGAUGAUUGUGAGCUUCACAAGUGCAAACUGCAGCCACCAAGUACAGCAAGAAAUGGCUACUACUUUUGCUCGACUGUGCCAACAAGUUGAUGUUACUCAAAAACACCUGGAAGAAGAAAUUGCUAGAUUAUCCAAAGAAAUAGAUCAACUGGAGAAAAUACAAAACAACUCAAAACUCUUAAGAAAAAAAGCUGUUCAACUUGAAAGUGAGCUGGAGAAUUUUUCGAAGCAGUUUCUACAUUCGAGCACUGAAGAAUCCUAACAGCAGAGGCUGCUGUGAUGACGGCACUGUAGGAGGAAGUGGACUUGGAAGAUGGGGAGAGUCGUUUUUAUGACAUGACCACAGUUCGAAUUAGUAACUCUGAGUAUCAAUGCCUUGCAGAGGUUGUGGUAAUGACCUUUCCCGGGGGGGUUGCACCUUUGGAAGUGCUGUGGUUCGUCAUUUGCUUUAGUUUGGAGUAAAGACUGAAUUGUUUGGGUUAAAUGAUGAAUUCCUUUAGAAACCAUGGAACCAACUGUGCAGCCCAAGAAUGGGUCCUUUAGCUCUUAACCAGGCUUUCUGUCUUUGAUUUCGAGUAACUGCUUCCUGGCAUCCAGGAAUUAGAGAUCUUUUCAUCCCUUCUCAGUACUAGUUCCUGAUGCCUUCUCUAAUGGGAAUCGUGGACUUGUUUAUGAGCUGGUUUGUUCAAACCAGGAAGUUUGGGCUACUCCUCGGGUCCUACAAUCACUUUCCCUCACAGCAAGGAUAUCACCACUACUGAACAGUUUUUACCCUUUCUUUUCAUCCCAUUAAAGCUGAUGUGAACUAGUAGAAAGGCCUGUCAUUCUAGUCAUGCAUCAACUAUCUGGGUCUGGGUUCCUGCUCUGUCUCUUUAGAAACAUUUUCAGCCUUGAGUCCAUCAACUUCUGCCUAAGUGUGAAGUGGAAUGGAAGUCUGAAGGGAUGAAGAUGUCCAGGGUAGGAUACAGGGGUGUGCACGGAGUGUGGUAACAUGACCAUGUAGGCGUGACCGGGACAAAUGGAUCUUUAGGUGGUGUUUCACUGACGCACUGGGCUUGUCACCUCUGGAGGUUUUGACUGUAAUUACAUUAAUUUCUUGGGGCUCCAUUAAAACUUCCAUUCUGGGUUAGUGAAAUGUUUAUGGUUCAGGUAUUGUGUCUGCCCCUGCAUUAAAAGCUGAUUGACAAUGUGUGUGGAAAUACUUUUACAUAGCAAGGCAAGUUGCUUCUCUGACCUGACUGAAAAGUAAACUGCUAACCUGUGAGCAUUUCCAGGAAGUCAGCAGUGCCAUCCCAGGAGCAUUGCAUUCCACUGGGGUGUCGAAAGUCAGCGAUUCAGGCUGAAAGCUGAAAAAUAUUUAUUCAAUACAGCAACACUAGGGAGAGGGGAAAGAGAUCCACCAAACUCUCCAGCUCCUCUCUGGUUGGGGCCUUUCCUUCCUUGAACCUUCAGCAUUUCUUUCCUAAGGGUCUGUCUUCACAAUAGGUGCACCUCUUUUUGUUUUUGUAUUUUGUUUUUUAAGAUAGGGUCUCUCUGUGUAUAGCCUUGGCUACCCUGGAACUUACAGAGAUCCACCUGCCUCUGCUUCCCCAGUGCUGGGAUUAAAGGCGUGCACUACCAUGCCCCAGCCCUAGGCACACCUCUUAUUUUUAACAUAUUUGAAGACUAUUACAAUAUUAUAUACCAUUAUUUAGACUGUAGAAAUGUUUCAGAACUACUUAUAUUUUUAUACAGAUUGGGUGUUGGACAGCAGUAUUCAAAUUUAGUGUGACUACCUUUUAUUGCUGAUUUUUAACCCCCCAAAUGGUGCAGGCAACCAGGUGUGAUUAAGUGAAAAUUGCAUGAAGAACUACUAUCUAAAAUUGAGGUCUGCUGACCUACGUUACAGUCACACAUAGCACUUGAACUUCUAGCCACAUAAUUUGCAAGAGAGCUACGGUGUAGUUCUCUGGGUUGUCUGAUCUCUGGAUGUCAACAUUACUUUUAAACUUGUAAGAAGUAGAUUCUCAAGCCUCAACACAGAUCUGAAAUCCAGUUUGGGUUCUGCAGCAGGCUUCAAGAAGCCCUGCAGGUUGUCCCAGUGUACUCUGGAGGCUGGGAACCAGAGUUUCCAGUACAGAAUGCUUUCCAUCACUAGUUAAGAGUGUCGUUGCAGCUGGUAAAGUUAGAAAGUUGUGGGUGUAGAGAAUGGAGUGUUGAGAUAUGCCAGCUUAUCUACCAGACUGGAGUGCAGCUGUGGCUAGGCUAUGCAUCACAUGGACUGUACUUGAUAUACUGUGUAUGUUUACAGUAUUAUUUUGUAAACUUUGUAUGAUCUUAAACUUUUUACAAAAGAUUUUUAUAAGUAUGCAAGCUUGCAAGAUGAAAAUAAACCUAUUUGCCUGUUAGUUGAUAAA